AUGGCAUGCCCCGAUCUCGUCAACGCCACCACACCAGCGGGCGUGACACCGCUCAUGACGGCCGCGACCGGGCGCCGCGCGAUUGCGUCGAUCGACGUGCUUGUCGCGGCAGGUGCAUCUCUCGACGUGUGGGGGACCUCGCAGCACCAGCAUGUGCUCUUGUAUGCAAUCGCGCAUGGCGCACCGGUCGAGGUCGUUGACUGCCUCUGGCGCCACGACGCCGAGCGCGGUACUCUUGGGCAGUGUCGCACGUUUUGCUGGACCGACGCCGACGCUACCGGGCGCGGUGUGCUACCCCUCGCGCUCUCUAGUGGCAAUGUAGCGCUCGUCCAGCACCUCGUGCAUCGCGUGCUUUCGUUUGCGGGUGCCAAUGCGAUGGAAUUGCAGUUGGCAUCGGUCGUCUCGGCGCGCAAUUCCAUGGUUGCCCUCGCGUGGUUGGCGUUGCCCAAGGUUGCAGCCUGCGUUACCACGAUGCGCGUCGCACCACGAUUGUACGUGACGAUGGCGCUGGCUUGUCGGCACGCGUUGACGCUACUCUUGGGGGCACUGACUGCGCUCCAGCCGCAGUUUGCGGGGCUUGUGUUGCUGUAUCUCACGGAGCGCCGACGGAAACCACCGGCGCUCUUCAACCUCUGCGAACUGUACCAGCGGCACAUUACGUGGCGUCGGACGCGGCUCGUGUACUGGGUCGCGUCGCGAGCGCGCGGAGUGCCUGCGCUGCCAUCCUGCGUCUUGUCGUUGCUGGCCGCGUACGUCUAUGUGUUUGACGCAACGAGGGAGCUGGACGCCCUACGAGCACUCGUCCUAGAGCAAGGGAGGAGCGAUAGCAGCACGAUUGUUUGA